AUGUCUACAUCAUCGCGAGCAAAUAAGGGACAACCACCGAAACGGCCAUUGGAGGAAGACUAUGAUCUUCAGGUGAACCUUGUAUUGCCUUCUAGUAGUGAUGUGCCUGUAAGUAAGAAGGCCAAAGCAAAGCAUGGAGGAGAGAGCUUUAAGUUUGCGGAUGAGCACGAGCAACAGGAAGAAGAAGGUAUUGAAGAAGACUACGAAGGCGAGGUGAGAUGUUUACCUUGUAAGACCACUAAGGCUAAUUACGACGAAGAUAAGGAUGAAGGAGGCAUGAUGAUUCAAUGUGAUAAAUGCAAGAACUGGCAACAUGCUUUGUGUAUGGGGUUGAAACCUGAUGCUAUACCCAAGAACUAUUUAUGCAUAGAAUGUCAGACUUCGUCUCAGUAUUCUGUUAAAAACUUGAAGGAUUCUGCCAGACUCAGUAUAGCCAAAGCAUAUUACAAUAUGUUUCGAGGGAUAAUACCUGAAGAUUAUAAGUUUGAGCUUGGAUUUGAUAGAGACUCGGUAGCGUCUAAAUGGUCAUUGGAAUUAGAGGAAGCCAUUCAUAAUGAGUUCCCUAAAGCUAAGGAUAGAUACACCAAUGAGUGUAGAAGAGUAUUAUUUUUACUACGGAAGCCUAAUGUUUCCCAACAGAUAUUGGACCACAAGAUUACUUUUGAACAGUUGGUGAAAAUGAAGCCUGAAGAACUAGACAGCACGUUGAAAACGUAUGCUGAUAAGGUCAGACAAGAUGCCAUCCGUCGGACGGUGAUAGUAGUAGAAGAUAAUGAACAACGGGUUAGACGAACCCAUAAAGGUGAGGAAAUAGUGGAAAGCAUAUCUUCCAAUCAGCAUAAUGAUGAAGGAGACAGUGGGAUUAUUUCUCGGAGUGUCGAUCACCGCAUCUUCAAGGAUGAUUCGCUGCAUAAGUCAGACAUAAAGGUUGAAGGUAACAACAGACAAAGCUAUCAUAAUUUUGAUAACGAAGAUGAAGAUAAUAUCGAUAAUAGCAUUCAAAAUGAAGAGGAGGAAGAAGCUGAAAGUGCUGAAACAAUAAGAUUAACAUCUACCAAAAAUGGGAAAUCUUCAUCUUCAGAAUCAAGUGACAUUGAUAAUGUACCAGAAAUUGAUAUUGAAGACGAUGAUGACUUGAAUUUCAUCAUUACAGGAAAGCGUAAGAGUGACGAGAAACAAAAAAAGACUUUGAAACCACAAAACACCCCCAAUCUCCCCUUAAUAAUACUGGGAAGGAACUUAUGGACUGGCCAUAUUGUUUUCCCAGAGUUUUCAUCAUUUGAAGCAAGAGGAGAUUUCUAUAGUUGUUCAAAUUAUGUAGAACCAACAUCAGUUAAUGGUGUGAGAACCCAUAACAAGUUUAUAUCUGUUGCUAAGGAAUUACUCACCAAGAACGACCACAACAUCGAAGGUAGAUUGGAUCGGAAAGUGGCCGAUGAUUACCUCAACAAGGUCAUUACUACCAGGGACCUUUAUCUUAUCCAACUCACAUGUGUUAAAGAUCAACUGGGCUUUGAUAGACUCAAUAAUUAUCUACUUAAUAAGAAUAAGGUAGGGGUUUUGUCUGGGAAACCAUCUUUUGUCAAGGAUGCCUACAUCAUUUCAAUUGAUUUUAAUGAUCCUCUGCUUCCUGAUUAUUUGGCUGAAUUCAAAUCUGAUAUCAUGGUUGGGUUAUUUGCAGUGUUUGUGGUGAAGAAAGAUUAUACCCCUGCUCCUCCUGGGAUCUUGAAGAAGACGACAAGCACUGCUAGUUCAGGUCCAGAUCUUCAGGCUAUAUUGAAUCAACUUGGAUCGAAACCGAUGUCAAGUCUAGAUUCCCAAGAUCAGGCCCAUUAUCACGCGAGUUUUCCCGUAACUAAUGGUAGUUCUUCUAUAUUAUCUACUCUCACAAUUGAACAGAGGAAAGUCCUUGAUGAUAUAUGUGCUCGGAACCCAGAAAUAGCUGCUAAUCCUGAAGGUGCAUUACAAUUGGUUAGUCAGUACAUUAUGAAUGGUGGUAAUGGUGGUUUUUAA